AAAACAAUUGUGGGUUGUGUUCAAGUAUGACCAAAUUCCUUGUCAAUGCAUUUAGAUAGAUCCAUAAAUAUAUACAGACUCACAGGGUGUCAAAAUAGUCUCUCCUGUAUGCCAUGAAGGGAGAGCGGACAGGUGUUGACGCUCUGCUGGCCUGUCUUUACCUGUGAGAAAUGACGCUAGCUGUCUGACUGAUACUAUGCAGUAAGUGUGGGAGUGUCAUCGUGUGUUUCCCCAGAAGCCGAACAGUUUGGAAAAGGGUGGGGCGCAAACCCGAGCUUUGUGGUUGCAGCAUGUGCGCUGAAGUUCAGUAGACUACCACCGAAGUUCGCUGGUUGCUCUCAGGUCGAGUGCGUUAAAUUUCUAUGGCAAACAACUUCACAGACCUUUCCAGAUGCCGUCAGAGUACCAGCGUGGAAUACGGAAACCCCAUCACCUCGGCGGUGAUGUUCGCGGCUGGCGUCGUGGGGAACAUCGUGGCACUGGUCCUACUAAGGGUCCGGCGCAAGAGGACCAGCCCGUCUCUGUACCAGGUCCUGGUGACUGCGCUCCUUAUGACGGACCUGCUUGGCUCCAUCUCUGUCAGUCCUGUUGUACUGUCAGCUUACGCUCAGAAUAAGACACUGGUAGGGAUGAGUGCAAACCAUGCGCUGUGUCGUUACUUUGGUUUCAACAUGACUUUCCUGAGCCUCUCCACGCUGGCCAUCCUGUGCGCAAUGGCACUCGAGCGCUACCUCUCCAUAGGCCACCCUUACUUUUACGAGAGGCACCUGAGUGAACGCUGUAGUUACAUCCCCAUUACCCUAAUCUACCUGGGCAGCAUUAUUUUCUGCGUCCUUCCUUUUCUGUAUUUCGGGGAAUACGUACAGUACUGCCCGGGGACUUGGUGCUUCCUGGAGAUGAGAGGAGGUGAACUAGAGCUAAAAGUUCACAUCGGACUUUACGCAUCUUUCAUCCUCAUCAUAACCGCUACCACGGUGGUGUGCAACAUAAUUGUCAUUUUCCUCCUGGUGAAGAUGUACAUUAGGGGCAAAGUGCGCCGGAGCGCAGUGUCUGCGCGUCCCCGGUACCAGAGGUCUCGGUCCAUGACGGAGGAAGUGGAGCAUCUCCUGCCGCUGGUUAUCAUCACUGUGGUCUUCAUCUGCUGCACCUUCCCCAUAGUGAUCCAGGUGUACAUAAACUUAACAAGAAGCCAUUUACGUUCAGAGGAUGACAAAGCUGACCUCGGCGCUCUCCGUUUACUUUCAUUCCACUCCAUCAUUAACCCCUGGGUCUACAUCAUCCUCCGCCCUUCCUUUCUGAAAAUCAUUUGGAGGAAGCUGCGUAAACAACAGAAGUCUACAUUCAUCUGGGGGGAGUCCCUGAAUACUCAGUCCAAACAUAAGGAGGGGAGACCUUGCCAUGCAGCUGCAGAGGCAGGACAAUGAGGAUGACAGUGGACAUGGAUAUGAUAUGGCUCACAGGCCCAGCGCACAUUCUCUGUCUGAGUGUGACAGGAAGAACGGUUAAAAACUAAACAGAGCUGAUCACAUGUCAGACAGCACGGUUUAAUAACAGGAAGUGCUCUAUAGGUCGGAGUGGGAGGUCAUGUGACUGUCGGUUUCUUUGCAGAGAGUUGACUUGUGGUGAAACAGUUGAUUUGAUUAUCAGAUUGAACCUAUCUAUUCUGUCAAACUGCAUUUUGUUUGAACAGUGUAUGGUUACUGAUGUAUUGGUAAUUGUAACUUCUAUGAAGCAUAUGUGACAGAAACUGUUUGUUAAUAACAGUUGUGAUCAUAUUUCAGGAUUACACACAUUAUAUUAUUCAUUAUUCUUAAUUACACACAUCAUAUAAAAAUCAAUGACAGGAAAGCUCUUUAGUAGGUUCACUCUUGACCUUGGAAAUAAUACUGUAAUAAAUAAAUAAAACAGUAGUAGUAGUCAUCAGCAAUCAGUCCCAAUUCACAGUAUUCAGCAUUUCUAGGUGAGAAAAUAAUGGUAUGGAAAAAUCUGAUGUAGCACAAUAAAAAAAUAUUUUUUGGGUGAAUUUUUUUUAUGGCAGUACAAAAGCAGUGACAUACACUGAAUAUCUGAAUUUAUCUGAUGCUUGUGUCAGUGACAGUUCAUGGGCACGAAAGACCAGUGUACAGUAUUUCAGCGCUGCAGGGUUUGUUCUCUUUAGUAAAAUCAUCUUGGGAGCAAGCAAUGCAAUUCAUGCUGUGACAUACUGCUACAUACUAUAAUUAUGCAAAGUAUUAACAAAUGACGCAGCCCCAUAGCACAAAAUACUGAUUGAACCAGUUCAUCUUGUCCAUGGUAUUAUGACUGAUUGAAAGAAUAUAUUCAUUUGACCAAGUUGUGUUGUUAGAGUAAAAUAUUUGUAUGUUGUAUGUUUUAAAGUUUUGUGAGUGUGAGAAUUUUGUUAUAUACUGUAUAGUUUUUCAUUUAAAGAUUUUAUCAAUAACUAGAAUUUAUGUAAUAAAUCUAAUGAAUAAAUGCUUCAAAUGUCAUAUUCACAUGGAUUUAGUUGUGAGUUGAUAUUUAAGGCCUCAGUCUAAAAAUCUGUUGAACUAUGCUAUAAAAGAAAUGUGUUCUAAACUUAUCAAGUGUCAGUAUACUGCUGAUAAUUGUUAAAAUGUUAUCCUACAAAUUACACAGACUUAACAUUACUGCUGAUAGUCAGGUAAGCAUACCAGUGAUUUGGAUUUUUCGAUGAAUGCAUUCAAACCUACAGAGAGCCAGUGGUUUUGAUCAUCCCAGUAAAUAAUACAAUCUGGAUGAGCAUAUUAAAGGCAGAUAAGAUAUUAACAUGAACGUCAUAUCUACUGCUAUCACUGUCAUGGUUACAGUGACUGUGCAAGCUGACUUAGCCACAAUGAUAAGAAACACAGAUCGAAACUCUGAAAUGCCAUGACAUGCACACAGAGAUACAACCGUGUGAUGGUCCUUUUAAAAUUCUUUAGUAUGUGACAUAGUGACCUGUACAGUGUGAGUGACCAUUUGUCCCACUGAAUUUCCCCUCCGACCACUGACCUCUCAACAUGGAGGAAAAUAAAGACAGCUAACAAAUCA